AUGUAUACACGGUAGCUUCCUGUCUGAGUCACUGGAACUCAGCUGCCCUUGUAGUUCACCGUUUUCAUUCCUGAGAGGUUUUUGAGACACUCCUCUGAGCAACGCAGAAACAGUCACUGACCGUAUACAGUCAUGUGAGGAAGGGAGGAUCCCCAGCUGCUGCUCCCUGUGAUGGCAGCGGACUGAGAGCUCAGGCAAGAAGAGGAAGUGAACAGCACACUUUGAAACAAAAGGCCGUUUGAUAGCAGGCAACAGACAAUUGUCAACAGAAGUAGAAUAGUCUGCCGUCCUACUGGAACAGCUGGAACACUCAACAAUGGAACGGGAGAAUGUUCUAAAGUAUGAUGAGGAUCUAGAGGACAGAACUCCUCCAGAAACAGAGGGGUGGAGAAAGCAGGAGAGACAUCAAGAGGAAGGAGAGGAUGAUGAGGCCAUGGGCGCAGUAUUACAGAGAGGAGGAGGAAAGGAUGAGAUGCAGGAAACCCAAUAUGGAGCCUCUGCUCCGUCUGCCUCCUCCUUGGAUCCCAGCUCCUCGCCCCCACUCCUGGCUGCUGGCCCUGAGCUGAGGCUGGUUCUGUUGGGGCAGGCUGGCGCAGGCAAGAGCGCUGCUGGGAACAGCAUCUUGGGACGCGGGGCAUUUGAGAUCAAGGCCUCAGAGGGAGCAGCUGGAACGCAUGAUUGUAAGAGCAGAACAGCAACAGUUGCCGGAAGACAGGUGACCGUGGUGGACACUCCGGACUGGUUCUGUUCGGAGCUCUCCCCGGAAGACAUCCAGCAGCAGAUCCGCUCCUGUCUGGCCCUGGUAGCCCCGGGGCCCCACGCCUUCCUGCUGUGCGUCCCUGUGGACCAGCCCGCCUCUGUGGAGCUCCUGGGGCUGGAGGCCUUGGAGAUGGUGUUUGGCCCCAGGGCCGUCGGCCAGCACACGCUGGUCCUCUUCACCCACAUGGAUCGGCUGUCCGAGGGGCUCAGUCUGGAGGACUACGUGACCAGCAGGGAGCGCCGUGACCUGCUUAAGCUGGUAGAGAGAUGCGGGGACCACUACCAUGCCCUGGAGAGAGGGAGAGGAGGAGGAGGAGAGGGGGAACAGGAGGAGAUGGAGAGGCGGAGUGUGAAGGAGCUGCUGUGGAAGGUAGAGCAGGUGGUGAAGGAGAGCGGGGUGGACUUCCACGCCUGGCCCCCUAAACACAAGGAGCCUGAGAAGCGUGGCAGGCUGAGGAGAGACAGAGAAGAGUGGUCAGAGAUGGAGAGAGAGCCCGACUCAUCCUCCCCCUCUGCUCCCUCACCCCUAGAGCAAGAGGAAGAGCAAGAGGAAGAGCAAGAGGAAGAGCAAGAGGAAGAGCCAGAGGAAGAGCCAGAGGAAGAGCCAGAGGUUGAGGCUGAGGCUGGGCCCGCACAGGCGACGGACACAACGGAGACCAGCGAUGAUGAUCCCAUACAGGGUGAUGACGACCUUUUAGAGGGCGAUGACCCCUCUCUCGCUCCCGCCGUGCCCCCUCCCUCCUUCCUGCGGGGCUUGUGGGACACGGUGGUCGGGUGGCUGUGCCACAUCCCCGGGCUGGUGAGGGGCACCGCCCUGCUGGGGUCCUUGGUGGGGUUCUUUGUGGGGGGGCCGGUGGGCAAGAUGCUGGGGGACGCUGUGGGCUCAGUGGCCACUGAGGUGGGCAGGAGGAGGCGUGUGAAGAAGACCCAGUGAGGGUGCACACACACAAGCAGCAGCAGAGACACUCGUUUACACAGAUAAAAAAAAGCAUAGACGCUACAUAGUUAUGCACUGUAGGAGAGUAUGCAGCUACAAAGCAAGGGCACACAAAGGCUGAGAGAGCUUGUUUACUGGGAAGCCACAGUGAGCUUGGUCCUAUAGGAUCAUUUUAUCAUAUUUAAGGCUGUAAUUGUUUCAAAUGUUUCAGUCAGUCAGCUUUUGUUUACUCUUUACGAAACGCACAGGGACAUUUUAACACUGCUGAACCACAUUCACACACAGAAAAUGUAAAUGUACACGAGGCUUACAAAAAAAAUGUAUUAACAACAUAGGUUAAUUAAUGAAUAAAACAAAAUCAGACUAUUAAAUUGUGUUUUCUGUAAUUCACUGUAUGAUUCCUGCAAAGUCAAACCUUAUUGGUAUACAAUAAAACUGAAAAAGAAAAAAAAGAAAAAUCCACUUUUCUAGGACUAAAAUAUCUAGGACUAUCUACCAUGUGUUUUCUGUAAUUCACUGUAUGAUUCCUGCAUAGUCAAACCUUAUUGGUAUACAAUAAAACUGAAAAAGAAAAAUCCACUUUUCUAGGACUAAAAUAUCUUGGACUCACUAGGAGUUAGAGAGAUAUAAUUUCAAUUAAA